UGCGCACAGUACGAACAUCUUUACAUUUGUCGAAUUCAUUCAUUCAUUCCUUGUUUAGAAAGAUGGCAGACACCAAGUUGUAUGAUGUAUUGGGUGUUAACCGUAAUACCCCUGAUGCAGAGAUCAAGAAGCAAUACCGUAAGCUUGCCAAGGAAUUUCACCCCGAUAAGAAUCCCGAAGCUGGAGAUAAGUUUAAAGAUAUUUCAUUUGCAUAUGAAGUGUUGUCUGAUCCCCAGAAACGCAAUAUUUAUGAUAAAUAUGGUUUGAAGGGACUUAAAGAAGCAGGUGGGGGUGGAGGACCAGAGGACUUUAAUAAUAUGUUUGGCUCUCUGUUUGGUGGCAUGUGGGGUUUUCCAGGCAUGGGAAUGCCAAGGCGCAGAGAACGAGGUGAAGAUACUGUUCAUACUUUAAAAGUCAGCUUGGAGGAUUUGUACACUGGAAAAACGUCUAAACUCCAGCUAAGUAAGAACGUUAUUUGUAGUAUCUGCAAUGGGCAAGGUGGUAAGGCUGGUUGUUGCCAGCCUUGCACUAAGUGUAAGGGAACAGGUAUUAAAAUAUCAUAUAGGCAGUUAGCUCCUGGAAUGGCACAACAGAUUCAAUCCAGAUGCUCAGAUUGUGAGGGAGAAGGAAUGACAAUUAAUGCAAAAGAUCGGUGUAGGGCUUGUCGUGGCAAGAAGGUUUGCAAUGAAACUAAAGUGUUGGAAGUACAUGUGGACAAAGGUAUGAGAGAUCUACAAAAAAUUAUUUUCCGUGGAGAGGGUGAUCAGCAACCCAACAUAGAAACUGGAGAUAUCAUUAUCGUUUUGUCUCAAAAAGAAAACAAGAAGUUCCAGAGGAGUGGGAAUGAUUUACUCCUUGAACAUACUAUCACUUUGACUGAGGCACUAUGUGGUUUUUCCUUUGUGCUGAAACACUUGGAUGGCAGUGAUUUGUUGAUCAAAAGCACUCCAGGAAACAUUAUCAAACCUGGCGCUGUACAAUCUGUGAUGGGUAAAGGAAUGCCAUUGUACAAAGAUCCAUUUGAAUUUGGAAAUUUAUAUAUUACAUUUGAAAUUGCCUUCCCUGAUAAUGGAAUGACUUCGAUGGAGAAUAUACUAACUUUAAAGAGCUUGCUGGGACCACUUCCAGAGUUUAUUAUGCCAACAGGAGAAAAUGUUGAAGAAGUUGACAUGCAUGAAUAUGAUCCCAAUGAUAAAAGGGGUCAAGCUGGCAGAGGAGAAGCAUAUGCCAGUGAUGAAGAAGGAGGUGACACACCUCUACAAUGCGCUCAUCAAUAGUCACCUAUAUUUCUUUAAUUAUUUUAUUUAACUACUUAACUUUAUUCUGCUCUUCUUUCUAAAUAAUGAUAUCAUCUCACACCAAAAAUGUUUUUGUUUCUACAUCAUUUUAGAUUGAAAUAUGUCACAGAACAAAACCAAUGGUAAAAGCAUGUAUUGUUUAUUUUAACUUUGAAGCUGUCAUUUAUUUUUGGUCGAGUUUUUAUUUGUGUGGGAUCUGUGAUAAUAUCAAUAUUUUUGCGACAAAAAAUCUUUUAUGAAUCAAAUAAAAUGACUUUACAAAUUUCUACAGUCCUUGAAGCUUUGAUUUGUUUAUUCACUAUUAAUAAUUGUUUUCUUUGUUUUUGGUACAUGAAUCAAAGCUCGACUAUGAUAUUACAUAUACAUAUAUUUUAUAAUUGUAAAAUGAAAAUUUAAAAUACAUCAAAUAGGCAAAUUAUUUGUAUUUAGAAUUUUAUGUUUAGACAAUGCGUUCCUAUUGUGUUGAGCAAUAUGGUAUUUAAUCGGUAUAGAAUAUAAGGACAAAGUUAGAAAUAUGGUGCAUAUAAGUGUCAAAAUUUAUUCAUUGAGUGAAUAUUGUGUUUGUAUAUCUAUUUGUAACACUAUGUGAAAGACUUAAUUAAAUUCUGUUCAUAUAGUUUUAGAAAUAAUUUGUAAUAUUUUAACACUUGAAUUAAAUGAUUCCAUGAUGAA